CCAGUUUCCAAGUAUUUGUGCUGGUAUAUAAUUCCAUUUUGUAACAUACUUUACACUGUAAAAUGCCGUUUAUGAAAGGUCCGGCCCCGAUCCGGAGAACCAUAGAAUAUUUAGACAGAAACAAACUAGUUUUGAAGGAGAGAGUAAAAAUUUUCUCAAUUAACUACAAUACAAAAGGUGAUAACCACGAAGGCGCACGUCAAUUCGUUUUCUGGCAUCUACCUCAGCUGCAGUUUAAAAAUCCUAAUAUUCAGAUAACCACAUUCAAGAACCUGACACCAAGCCCCUUCAUACGAUGUUAUUUAGAAAACGGGGAAGAGGUACUUAUGGAUGUUGACUUCAAGUCUAAAGAUGAAAUUUAUGAAAGAGUGAGGAGGAUAAUCUGUAAAUCAGAGGAAACUUUGAAAGCCGAAGAUAAGCUUGACAAUCCUGCUAAUUUUGGGUCAAAAUGUCAGAAGCAUUGCAUCUGUGAAGUCCCUGGCCAGAUACCUUGUCCAUCUUUAGUCCCAUUGCCCAAGAGUUGGAGAGGCAAAUACAAGUUUCAAAAGCCAGAUGAAUUGUAGAUCAACAUGUGUAUCAAACACAGAUUAGUCAAUUAAAAAACAAUUUUCAGAUU